AUGGCCGACAUCCUGAGUAUCGGCGGUGAGCCAAUCUUCGACGAGUGCAUCGUCGGAAUCGAGACUCACACGUAUAACCCGUACGUCAACACGACGUUCGGGCACAACGACGAGAUACGAAUACCCAUACAGCAGCAGGAUCUGUAUACGCUGCCGUGCGACAGUUUCCUGUACGUCGAGGGACGACUCAACGACGACGGCGCGACGAAUGAGGAACAAUACGCGAAAUUAGUCAACAACUGCGUCGCGUUUAUGUUCGACGAAAUUCGAUACGAGCUCGACGGCGUGGAGAUCGACCGGUGUAGAGACGUCGGCAUAACCAGCACGAUAAAGAACUACGUGUCGCUGACCACCGAACAAGCCAGAAGACUGCAGAACGCCGGAUGGAGUUAUUCGACGAGCGAAUCGAAUCUGAACAACGCGUCCCAUCAAUUCAACUUUUGCGUACCUUUGAAUAUUCUUUUGGGUUUCUGCGAGGACUACAGACGCGUGGUGAUAAACGCGCGACAUGAACUUAUCCUGAUACGCUCUUGUAACGACCACAACUGCGUCGUGGAUCCGAAGAAGACCGUGCCGAGAGAUCCGGCCAAGAAUCCUAAAAUUACGUUGCUGAAGGUGCAAUGGCGUAUGCCUCACGUGGCGCUAAACGACGUGACUAAAUUAUCGCUGUUGCGAACGUUGGAGAGCGGACGAUUUCUGAGCGCGGGCUUUCGCUCUUGGGACCUGUACGAAUUUCCCCUGCUGCAGAGCACGACCAAGCAUUCGUGGGCCGUGAAAGCCGCGCCGCAAUUGGAGAAGCCGCGAUACGUCAUAUUCGCGCUGCAAACCGGACGGCGAAACGAAUUCGUGGGCGACGCCUCGAGGUUCGAUCAUUGCGUGCUCGCCAAC